CAUCUAACUAUUCAAAAUGAUCAAGAAAUUAUUUCCCUUAGUAUUCCUUGUUGUUGUCGUCGCAGCAGAUGACUUCGGAAUAAAAUACGUGAUGAGGAUAUACGAAGACUGUCAGAGGACGGAUGGGAUAGUCCCUUGCUUGAAGAAGAAGGCUAUCCUGUUCUUCGAUAGGGCGGCUAGGAUGGAAGCGAUACCUUUGAUCGCUGGUGUGGAUAUUGUGAAGACGUCUGAUAUGGAAAUCGUGCCCAUUAGUGAGAACGAUAUUGAUGCGAACUUACCACGAAAUAUGGACAACAAGGAUGAAGCAUUGACAGAUAUGCUGUGGAACAGAAUAGCGGCUUUCGCGAAUUCAAGAACAAUACAAUUGUCACUCCCGAAAAUGUCAGGCGAGGAGCUUAAUAAGGGCGUUGAAGAAGGACGAGGUAAAAUGAAGAAAAUGAUGGGCAUGAUGAUGAUGGGUGCAGCGAUGAAGAUGGCAGCGAUGAUCCCUCUUGCAAUCGCUGGACUCUUCAUACUAGCUGGGAAGGCACUGAUAGUAUCAAAGAUCGCCUUACUUCUAGCUGGUAUCAUAGCGUUGAAAAAGAUCAUCGCCCAAAAGAACAGUGGCGGUGGCGGCGGUCACGAGAGCCACGGCUGGUCAUCCGGAGGUGGUAGCAGUGGGGGCUGGGACCGUAGAUCGUAUGACGCAUCCGACUUAGCGUACUCAGGGUACAAAAAAGAUUAAAAUACACAUAUAACUUAGAUUUAAGUAAAAACGAACAACUUCCGUUAUUAAUACUAUAACAAUAUUUGCUUUAUAAUUUUACUAUUAUGAAUGUACACACGGUGAUUUUAUAAAAAAAUGUGAUUUGAAAAGUGAUAUUUCAUAAUCGAAAAGCAAUAAUUUUAGUUUGUGUUCCAUUAUUUAUAUUUUGAUUUAGACAAAUCGAUUAUUGUUAUUAAAUUAUAAAUAAUAUUAGAAGUUAAUCUGUCAGUAAUUUUUCGGUUCCGAGGAAUAAUGUAUCUUAUAAUACAGGCUGUACAGAUACUUAAUCAUUAUUUGUUAAGCUUCAAAGUAUAGCCAAAACAUUAAAAACGAUCCAUACUGAGUUUCAUAGAAAUUGGUGGUUUGCCGGGCGAUAGUUUUAUGUAUAAAAAAAAACAAGAUAUUAAUUUUUACAAGCUGUCAUUGUGCAUUUUUUUUUUAAAAAACAAUCAUAUCACAGAUUUGACCCUCCAUAUUAAAAUUUCAUAUGGAGCUUGAGUUAAGAAACGCAAGACUCAUAUCUGAGGGGUCUCAUUAUAGUUUUCUUUUCGAACUUUAUAUAAAGGUUAUUAGUUAUUGAUAUAUGGAAUUAGGCAGUUAAAUCCACGCAAUAAUAUUAUUGUGAAGCUUCAAGCUUCAAGAAAAAGAUCAAGACCGACCAUCGUGAAAAUCAUUGAAGACCUUCGUUCAGCAGUGGA